AUGGCCUUCUUCAAGAGCUUUCAGCAGAACCUCCCAUCCGUCAACAUUGCUUCCAUCUUGGACUCGGUCAGCAGCAAAGUGGACGACCUGGCAAACGCCGUCAGCGACGUCACGUACGCCGUCAGCGACCAGUUGACCGAGCAGGUCAACACCAUCAUCAACAAGGUCCAGGAGGAGGAGGACGGAGAAAAGGAGUCGGCGCAGACGUUCACUGUGCAGGACGGGAAAGCUGGGAAGAGAGGCGUGCGGCCAGAAAUGACAAGUUCAAGCUCUAAAAAUAAUCAAAGUAGCGACGAGGUCGAAGCGGACUACGCGCAAAGCCAGCUGGAGUGGGAAUGGAGGGACGGAUGCUGGCGGGUGAAGAAGACGGAAGCCGAGUUAGCGGUGGAAGAGAGGAGGAAGAAGGAGGAGAAAGAGUUGCAGGAGAAGAGGGAGCAGAGGAGGAAAGAGAGGAGGGAGAAGCGCUGGGAGAAGGCCGCCGUGUCUACGACCAACAAAGAGGCUUCCCAAGAGGGAAAGGAAGAGGAUGCAGAAACAGGCGAAGAAGCGAGUCAAGGCGAAGACGCAACUCAGCCCAGCGUACGGAAAGAAUAUGACCAACCUCCUCUGUCAUCGGGCCCUGAAAGUGAGAGGGUAUCCGAACAGAAGGAGGAACAGGAUGAGCGAGAUGAGGAGGAAAGGUGCAGCCUGGCGAGAGAAGGCGAUGACGAGGAAGUGCCGGACGCCGCGAGAACUAAAGUAAAAAAGAAAAAGCUGGAUAAAAAGAAGGAGAAAGCCGCUGAGAAAAUGGCAAAGAAGGAAAAAGGCAAGAAGAAGAGCAAAAAGAAAGACAAAUGCAAGCAAGAGGCGUUUUUGACAGACAGUGAAGAGGACAGAGAUCAAGAGCCUGUGCUCCAGUCCAACGUGACUACAUUGUGCAGCAGCACAAACAAGGAGGCCACAGAGCAGGAUGGCUACACCAGCGAGGCCUCCAGUGAACGUGCCAGCAGCAUCCAGAAGAUAAAGAAAGCGCCUUUGCUCACGGAGGGCCAGCCCCCUCCCUACCAGGACCGGGUCUCGGUGGCCCGCGUGUCCUCCUCCCUCUCCCGACUCCGCAGGGGGUCUUCCCCUCACGGCUGCUCCAGUGAGGCGAGCGUGGACCAAGACACGGAGAGCUACCUCAACAAAGACUGCGAGGAGGACAUACCCAGUGACAGCACCGCUGUGGUGGGGCCUGAGGACAGUUCAGGUCCACUACCCCCCUCAGCCUACGAGCCGGAGCCCCUAGCCAAGUACGGGACACUGGAUGUGGCCUUUGAGUACGACUCCAACGAGCAUUGGCUGGCCGUCACGGUCACCGCAGCAACGGACAUCCCCGCUCUCAAACAGACGGGCAACAUCUCGUGGCAAGUCCACCUCGUCCUGCUGCCCACCAAGAAGCAGCGGGCCAAGACGGGCGUCCAGAAGGGCCCGUGCCCGGUCUUCACCGAGACGUUUAAGUUCUCCAGAGUGGAAAAGGAGGCGCUGAGCGACUGCGCCGUUCGAUUUCGCUUGUACAGCAUCAGACGGAUGAAAAAAGAGAAGGUCCUGGGCGAGAAGGUGUUCCACCUCACUAAGCUCAACCUUCAGGGGAAAAUCGCUCUGCCUGUCACCCUGGAGCCUGGCUCGGAACUUACAGGUUGCGGCUCGGUGGUGAGCGUGUCCCGCAGCGCAGGAGGCGUGUCCUACCGCUCCACCGAGGAUUCGCCCCCGCCGGAGAUCCUUCUGGGCCUUGUGUACAACUCUGCCACAGGACAUCUAUCCGCCGAGGUGAUCCAGGGGAGCCACUUCAAAAUCACGGCAUCCGAUAAACCCGUCAAUGGUCUCUUUUGUUGUAUAAAGCAUUUCGUUGGGGGACAACUUUAUAUCAUGAGAGACACAUAUGUGACGCUGACCAUGCUGGACUCCAAGGGGAAGGAGAUGUCUAAGUUCAAGACAGCCGUGUGUCGUGGGCAGCCCAGCCCCGCCUACAAAGAGACCUUCGUCUUCCAGGUGGCACUCUUCCAGCUGUCCGACGUGUCGCUGGUGCUGUCUGUGUUCUGCCGCCGCAGCACCAUGAGGCCUCGGGAACGCCUGGGCUGGGUCUCCUUGGGCCACAGCAGCACUGGCGAGGAGCAACUGGCCCACUGGACCGAGAUGAAAGAGGCUGAGGGCCAGCAGGUGCGUCAGUGGCACACGCUCACUGACACAAAGGACCUGAUUUACUAAAGGUUUACUUACGUGUGCAAAAAUGGGCACAAACCUGAUUGCACACGCGAACAGAUGUGGAAGCUCAUCUACGAACCGGGUUCACCCAGGAUUGCGUCCCCCAAACGCACAAAAACUACUGCACAUUCCAUUGUGUGCCAUUGGGGUGGAGUGGAUGUUAAUUUAUUUUAUUAAUUCAGGACACACAGUGUGAUUUUUCAAACCUAAGACAAAUUGCGAGGCUUCAGAAAGGCAAGUGUAAGCUGCUGUGCAUGAGAAUGACUGCGGUGAUUUUGUAGAGGACCAGGCUAGACAAAAUCCAAUCCAAAUGUUUAAUUUACAGCGCACAUUUAAAAAUAACAGGGUUGACCAAAGUGCUGUACAAUUUAUUUAAAGACCCUGACAGAUUUGUUCUUAUUUAAAUACAUUACACGUUUGAGGGAGAUAAUUGCUGAAAACGUGCAAAGACAGGACAAUAUAGCCGUUAAUAUAGUCAUGGCCGCUUUAGAGUGCCUUGUUGUUGGCUAUGAGUGCGCGCACAUCACUGAGAGAAGGCAGAAGAGCCAGGAGGGGGGAGUCAGACGUGACAGCCAGCCUGUGGUCAGGGCCUUUGCGCUGGCAUGGCCGCUUUAGCGCAUACUGUCCUAAGUUUUAAACCCAAUGUUAUGCAGGGUGGGCACAUACUGUAUAUCCAAUUACCAUGCGCUCUGGGACAAAGUUAAAUCGAACAAAACGGCUUUUAUGCAGUUGCUGACAUCCCCAAAAUGACCAGAGCGACAGAUUUCUGUAACUCAGCAAUAGCUUGGUUUCUUUUUCAUUAACACUUCCAACUUCAUUUGAGCUUCUGGCACCAUUUAGGAUCUUAGUUAAAGAUCGCAAUCUUAGUAGUUAGUGCCGGGUAUUUGGGAUCUUAGUGAAUCAGGCCCACAGUGUCGGGAAAAGAUCGGUAAUAUACCUGCAGCAUUUCAUGGAAGAAAUAGGAGGUGAAUGCUACCUAUAGGUGGAGGCUUUGAGUUCCUGAAGAAACAAUGAUAAAUAAAAGCGUCUACUUUAACAAAGGAAAUGAAAAUUGAACGCGCCCCUGUUAAAAAACAAGGUUUUCAAGGAGAAGAAAACUAGGGUCAGGAAUAGCAGAGAAACUUUUCCAGACAUAAUGAUAGUUUCGUGAUACAGGGAUUUUGUGAUUUUUGGCUUCCAUCUAUCCAUUGUCUACAGCAUUUAUGCUGUUUAGGGUGGUGGGUGAGCUGGUGCCUAUCCCCAUCCCUUUAGGUGAAAGGCGGGGUACACGCUGGACUGGUUGCCAGACAUUCACAGGUCACAUAUAGACAAACAACCAUUCACACUUAUGAAAUACAUGAAUGUGGGAGAAAGCAGGCAUACCCAGAGAAAACCCAUGCAAGCACGAAGAGGCUGAAGCUGAUAUGGCAGCCUGGGAUGAUAACAAUCUGCAAAGCUUCAUUCUACAUGUUCAAUUAUAGUGGACAUUUUGUCAACAAAUGAUUUGUAAAAUUCUGCUGGGAAUCAGUCUGGGCCUGGACAUUUUCCCCACUGCAUUGACAUCAAGGUGGACUUCAGUUCUUCAGGAGUCAGGGGUUCAUCCAGGUGGGCAGAUAUUUCAGGGUCUAUGAACGGGAUUUCUAGCGACAGAAAAAAACGUAUGGUAAUAUGUCUCAAUGAAAACCUUGUAUUUUAACAGGGCCGUGCAUUCCAUUUGAUAGUCCACCGCCACACCUGCAGUAAUUUGCAUGCAACCUGCGGCACAUGUUUACGAUGUAAAGAGCCUUUCCACGAGACAUAAGACAUUUUCUCUUGGUACCUUUGGGACCAAAGAGCUCGGGGCGGACGGGUUCCUCCGUUUGCUGGCACCAGCAUAGCAGACACGGCUCCACGGGCCACAGCUAUUGACAAGCAAAACUGCAUUGACUGUUAAAAAAAGAAAAGGGGCUAUUCCUCAGAUUGCAGCUAUGCUAACAAGCUGUGCUUUUUCUACUUUGUUCCCAUGCAUUAUGCAAGAGUCAUCCUUUUAUUAUCAGUCGAGGUUUACCAGAUUUCGAGAAAGAAGUUGCAAAACUGGGUAUAUGUGAUGUAAGGGAGGGGUCUUCCUAAAGAAUUGGACACCGCUGCUUGGUGUGGGUUAACGACGAGCAGCUUCUCUUCUCGUGUCAGAACACACUAAGACUCUUUGACCAGUCGGCCUUCUGACAAGUGGGCCGUGUGCAUUCACGCACAAAUGCGGCGCUUUCUGCUGAGACAUAUGCAAACUGCCCUGUCGGCGGCUCAGUCUUAUUUCCCUAUUCCGAGUGAACGGACUGCGAAUCCAUGGAGAGAAAACAUGCAGCGAUACAGUGGAAUCUCCUGUCAAUUAGCCCAAAAUUGGUACCGGUACAAAACUCCAAUGCCCAUUCAUUUUGUGAGACUGCAGCUAUAUAUGCAUACAAUUAUGCCCCCCACCCCCGCCCAACCAUUUGGAAGUUGACCAGUGUCACAGAACAAAUUGAGUUUGACUUCAGAGGUUCACUGCUGACAAAAAACCCAAAUCAAACCUGUCGAACAGACUUGUCAAGUGGGUGUGCGAUGGGACCAGUUCUUCCUUUCAGGUCUCAGAUGCUUCCAAGCUGAACCUCCGAGUCUUCCUGCAUGCAAUCUCUCAGAAACAUAUAUUUCUCUACAAUGACAUUCAUCAGAUGCGAUGGAAACCAGAUGACUCCUGUUUAAAUCAAGACAAAGUGAAGAUGAAGUCAAAUCAAGUUUUUUUUUUUAUUUCCAUUCACCUGCCUCCCGUCUCCUGCUGGUUCAGAACAACGAGCCUCUUACCACACACUCAAGGAUGGGAAGUUUUACUUACUCAAUGCACUUUGCGUAACGACUGCAGCAUUCAGCAGAAACGUUCCCUGCUCUGAGCCAUGGAAAACCAGCUGUGCCACAGACCCCCACCCGAAGGGCGGGUGAAAAAAUACCAGCUGAACCAUUUAGUGCCUCAGACGCGGGGUUGUAGAGUAAGGUAGCCCCUGAGGUCUUCAUGAAAAGUGUAGAGGGGCAUUGCAGAAAGGAAUAUUACGUUUGGAACUUAAAGGGAAAAACUGCCUCCUAAAUUUGGCCCUACUAGGGACUCCUGCUGAUUCAAAUGUUUAGACAAUAGAAUGGCCCCCAAAGAGGAAAAUGGCACUAGCGAGUUUUCCUUGGCCCUCCAUCUUUGCGAUCAGAGACUACAGUGUCCUGUCAUUUUAUUGCAUGUGUCAAUCAUUUAAAAAAAAAAAAAAAAUGAAAAAAAAGUCAAUAAUGUAUUCAAUAAAUAUACAGGAACCAUGGAGUCGAGCAUGUUUUUUUUUUUUUUUUUUUUUUUUUAAA